AUGAACUACAGCAAUAUUACUCAGACAGCUUGGGAGAGCAAUAGCACCAAUGUCAGCAGUGUGUUUACACGCCAGAUUUUGCCUGUGCUCUAUGCUGUCAUCUGUGCUUGUGCAGUCAUCAUCAAUGGACUUGCUGCCUGGAUCUUCUUCAGGCUUCCCAGCUCCUCAAUUUUGGUGGUUUACCUAAAAAACAUGGUGAUGGCAGAUGUUCUUAUGCUGUUCACCUACCCCUGGCGAGUGGCAAGCGACCUGGGUUACGGUGGCUUGCAGCUGAAACUGAUAGUUUGUCGUUACACUGCUGUACUAUUCUACCUCAGCAUGUACACAGGAAUCACAUUUAUGAGCCUCAUCAGCUUGGACCGUUACUUCAAAAUUGUUCUCAGCACAUCUAGCGUGUCUUCCCUUUUACAGCGUGUUCCAGUUGGAAAGGCUAUUGCGGUGCUAUCUUGGGCUGUUAUGCUGUUUUGGAUGCUACCAAACACAAUUUUAACUAACCAGCCCAUUACGAAGAAUUUUUCCUGCAUGACCCUAAAAAGUCCACUAGGGGGGCGCUGGCAUGACAUUUCAGCCCACUUCAAUGUUGGAGUGUUUUGGGUGGCUUUCCUAUUGAUGGUGUUUUGCUAUACCUCCAUCGCUUGUCACGUGUACCGCUCGUACAAAAGGGUGCAACAGGACAGCAGUAAAGCAGGAUGGAGGUCAAAUCGUAGCAUUUUCAGCUUGCUGGCUGUGUUUAUCAUUUGCUUUGUACCCUACCAUGUUUGCCGUGUGCCGUACACACUUAGCCAAAGGCCCAGGGCUGGUUUUAGUGGGCACAACCGCUUCAUUCUCUUCCAAAUGAAAGAAGCCACACUCUUCCUGUCUGCUCUUAAUGUUUGCCUGGACCCCAUAAUUUACUUCUUCAUGUGUAGGACAUUCAGAGAAUCACUGCUACACAAGAUGUCUUCUCUAAAUACUGAAAACAGAAGGCCUUCCAUAGGCACUGGGCUGAGUAUCAGCAAUCUGUGA